AUGUCUGACGACGAUGGUGACGAAGACGACGAGCUGCCCGCCAUUGUGCAAUCCCCCUCUGAGCUCUCCUACGCCAUCGACCAUCUUCCAGAAGAAGCCCAGGACGCGGUACGAAGAGUCUUUAGUGAGCCACCCAAGAUUGCUCUGCAGCAAUGCCGGCUCAUUGGCGACACAUAUGCCUUCCAAAUGACUGAGCUCGUCACGCAGUCCGUUCGCAUUCGCGCUUCCGGCAACGGGGCCGCCUCGCAGCUAACAUGCUCUUGUGGGCAUGGCGGUGAGCUCGAGCCAUGCUCGCACUUGAUAUGGCUCUUGGAUCGACUUGCAAAGCAGACGCUGUACGAUUACGAUCCCAAAACGCCCCUCACCAUGACUCAAGAUGGGUUCGCGCAAGAGCUCGGCGAUCCUUUCACGGCCAUCUCGCAACAUCGCCUGGACGUCUUGUCCGACGGUCUCCAUUGCCCCGUCGUCGACCCAAAAGCCGUCUCGGGGGAUCAUGACAUGGCAUCUUGCCGAGUCCAAGAGUCGCGGGAACUCCUAUCAGCCGUCUACGGCAUGUCGCCGGAAGAGUUCCGCCCAGACAUCUUUGACAGCAACAACAGCAGCCCGCUUCGUGGAAAGAAGGUGUUGAAACGCAAUGAUCUCGACUAUACAGUCCUCCGCAUGCUGCUCGACAACCACCACUUCUUCAACUACUUCCAGUCCGUAUCUCGCCCCAGAGAUCCCAUCAACGACCCUUUCAGGAAACUUUCUCAACGAGUCGACCGCGUGCUCCGCAUCUUUGACGCACACGCUUCAGACCCAGCCUACGCAACAACAACAACAACAACAACAACAACGACAUCUUCUAUAGAAACGCCACCAAACGUCCCCUGGGCCGCAAAACACAUCCUCGGCUGCACAAAACUCAUCAAAUCCUUCAUCUACACGCGCGACCGGCCGCUCCAGCCCUCCGAGACAACCUCCGCCGCCCGCACGCUCGUCCACAUCCUCUCCGCAGUGGUGUCCCGCAAUCAAGACGUCGACACUGGCAGCGCGACGACGCGAACAGAGCACAACCUGUACCUCUAUCUGAUCGGUGACAGGGAUACCGACUUUGCCAUUGCGGAGCUUAAUUUGCUUCCUGAGGCGGCGAGCCAACACCUCCAUAGCCUGGAGGCCGUCUUCGACGACAUUGGCAGACUCGGCGCCCCGGUGUCGUACUUUGAAAAGUUCAAGUCGCUGCUGAGCAGGCUGAGGACGCCGAUUAUGGGGGCUAGUCUGAAGAGGCAGGUUGAAGAAGAGGAUGGCACUUAUCGACACUUUAAGAGGAUGAAGUGA